GCCCGGCCUGCACUUCCCCACGUGAAUCCCAGGCAGCGCGUUCCUAGGACUGACCCCGGGCGCGCGUCUGCGGGCGGCUGCAGUGGGACCCCCCCCUCCCCCCACCAGCUCCGGCCCGUGAUGAAUCGCUACAUUCUGCCGCUGUCCGUGCUGGGCACAGCGGUGGGUGGCGCCGUGCUGCUCAAGGACUUUGUCGCCGGCGGGGCUUGUCCCAGCAAGACCACCAUUCCCGGGAAGACCGUCAUUGUGACCGGCGCCAACACGGGCAUCGGGAAACAGACGGCCUUGGAGCUGGCCAGAAGAGGAGGCGCCAUCAUUCUGGCAUGUCGAGACUUGGAGAAAUGUGAGGCAGCAGCCAAGGAGAUUCGAGGGGAGACCCUUAAUCACCACGUCAACGCCCGGCACCUGGACUUGGCCUCUCUUAAGUCCAUCCGAGAGUUUGCAGCGAAGAUCAUUGAAGAGGAGGAGCGAGUGCACAUCCUGAUCAAUAAUGCAGCUGUGAUGCGGUGCCCCCACUGGACCACCGAGGAUGGCUUUGAGAUGCAGCUUGGCGUUAACUACCUGGGUCACUUCCUUUUGACGAACUUGCUGCUGGACAAGCUGAAAGCCUCUGCUCCUUCGCGCAUCAUCAACCUCUCGUCCUUGGCCCACGUUGCUGGGCACAUAGACUUCGAGGACUUGAACUGGGAGAAGAGGAAGUAUGACACUAAGGCAGCCUACUGCCAGAGCAAGCUGGCCGUUGUCCUCUUCACCAAGGAGCUGAGCCGGCGGCUGCAAGGCACGGGUGUGACUGUCAAUGCCUUGCACCCCGGCGUGGCCAGGACAGAGCUGGGCAGACACACGGGCAUGCAUAGCUCCACCUUCUCCAGCUUCACGCUCGAAACCCCAAGGAGCACAAAUGGUGACUCACACAUCAACCUAAUCCCCGUCUACUUCUCUGAAGGCUUUGAGGUGAUUCACAAACCUAGCUACGACCUUCAGACUGAUGAAAGAUGAUAGAAACCAAUCUCAAACAAAACAAUGCAAAACAAAACCCAAAGCCACAGAAGCCCAGAGAGGAGAUGGCGCAAAGUAAUAAACAGACCCAGGAAUGCAACGUGAAAGGACAAUGCUUCGGGGGUGGGUUCUUCACAAAGGGAAAGCAAGUCAGGGUCAAAUCCUCAAACCUCACUCUGGGGCUUGGGAAUUCUGUCAGGAUGCCUUGGGCUGCUGGUGACAGGACAUACUCAAAGGAUGUAAGCUGAGCUGACUUUCACCCCAGGCAAAAGCAAGAAGGAACGCUAUUUCACAGAAGUAGAAGCCCAGGGGUGUGGCAGGCUUUGAGUUCCGGAACAUCAUCAAGAUUCCUACUGCAAGAUGACGGUCUGACAGUUACCAGUGCAACGUCAUUCCAAGGCUGGGUGUUUGUAACAGGUUGAAUGGUGGGGUGCCUCCCCCUAAAAGAUAUGUCCAAGUCCUAACUCCCAAUACCUGUGAACGGGAGCCAAUUUGGAAAAAGUUUCUUUGCCGAUGUGAUUAGGGAUCUCGAGGUGAGAUUGCCCUAGAUUAUCUGGGUGGACCCUAAAUCCAACAAGUGUCCUUAGAAGACAGAGAGAGCAGAGGAAGAAGCAAUGAGGGGAUUGAGGGCAGAGACAGGGAUGAUGGAGCCUCAAAUCGAGGAAUGGCUGGAGCCCCCAGAAGCUGCAAAGGGCAAGGAACAGAGUCUCCCCCAGAGCUUCUGGAGGGUGAGUUCCCUGCCCCGCCACUUUGAAUUUGGACUUCCGGCCUCUGGAAGUGUGAGAGAAUACAUUUAUGUGUUCUAAGUCACCAAGGUGAUGGUAUUUGUUACAGCAGCCAGAGGAAGAAACUAGUGCAGUCUCUUUGUGGGGUGGGUCGCGAGAUGACUGUCAGAGCCAAUCUGGGCCACUUGUUUUCUUGUUUUUUGCCCAGUGACGGGGAGAGAAGCAUUUCUCUUUUAUUUGUCAAAUUGGGCUCAGGUCAUGUGCUCAUCUUAGAACCCACAAAAGCCCCCCAAGGGAAAGGCAGAAGGUAACGGACUUCAAGCAGGGUUUCCCAACACCAGCGCUGCUAACACUUGGGGCCGGAUAAUUCUUUGCUGUGGGGCAGGGGUCCGUCCUGUGCGCUGUAGGAUGUCGAGCAGCAGCCCUGGUCUCUAUCCACCAGAUGCCAGUAGCCCCCACCGGCCGGGUGAGACCCCCAGAACUGUCUGCAGACAUUGCCACAUGUCCCCGAGGAGGGAAACUGGCCUUCGGUCGAGAACCACGGAUGGAGGCGGAUCUGGAUAUGUUUGCGGGUCUGUGAGCGAGCCGAGGGUGGGGUCAGGCGGAGCUAGUCACCAGCACACGGGGGCCUUGCUUGUUCUCACCUGGGCUUCAUUGGGGUGGAGUGCAGCUGACAGGCAAGGUGCUGGGAAACAGGUCGUAAUGGAAACAGUACAGGUGACUGACUCAGGGCAGCCUAUCUCCUAUGGAAGACACGCCACGAAAUCCAGAGGUCCUGAAGCUGCAGGGCAGGUGCUGCUGAAAAUCCGGCGAGGGGUCUUGUUAUCACAGUGGCAGAGCUUCCAAGGAAAUGCAGUAAGCAUUCUUGGAACCCACCUGAGACCUGGGAUUGGGUCAUUGGUGUGGACGAACCUGAAGAUCUUGAGCUGCUCAGUUUCCCUGAGAACACCCCCGUUGCUGGAGACCAGCACCCCUUGAGGGAAGGUCGUGGUUCUUCCUCAGGCAGGUGCCUCACAAGAUGACGUUCCUCAUCUCGAGGUCCGCCCCAUAAGCUGCGGCGAAUCCCGGCUCACAUGCUGGGUGCAUUGCAGGGUCUGGCUGAGGUGAACCUGGGGACCAUACCUGGGAGUGGAUUUCGGGGGAGUUAGACGGGGGAUGAAAUAUGAGACCAGCUGUGGAGAAUCCAUGUGCAGAGGGUCACUCAUCUAUAAUGAAGGUUUUAUUUAAUGUUUUGGGCUUUCUGGGUAGCUGGAGACUGUGGCAACUGCAUGAGAACGUGUCUCCCACAUAACCUCUAAAGACGGUGCAGCCCUAUAUUAAUAUCCUGAUUUCGGUGACUGCACUGUGGUUACAUACGAGAACGUCUUUGUUUGCAGGAAAACCCAUCAGGAUUUAGAUGAUGGGGCAUCAGGUCUGCAACUUAGUCUCAGACGGUUCAGGUAAAAGU